CGCGCGAUGGUGCGACCCGCGAAAGACAUGCACGACAAAGUCGCGCUCCACGACCAGUUCGUGGAGUCGAUGCGGCCGAUGAUGGAAGGACGCGUCACCGCGAACGAGAUCGAGAUUUGCCUCGCGUGCGGGCGAUCCCUCGCGAACGCGCUCGAGGACGACGAUCCGGAGAAGCCGCCGCUGCUGUGCCAGCUCGCGAACUUGCUGAUCAACCGAAGGAAACCCGGGGACUGCGAGCGCGCGGCGGGGAUGAUCCGCACCGCGCUCGCGAACCUCCCGGAGAAGAUGAAGCCGCACACGCAGAGGUUGCGAUACGAUCUCGCGAGCGCGCUCCUCGGGAUCUCCGAAGAUUGCGACUCCACCGCGGACGUCGAGGCGGCGCUCGUGAAGCACGCGCCGGAGGCGAUCGCGCUCGCGGAGGCGAUGGACCCGACGGACGUGAUCGCGAACGAGCGCAUCGACGCGCGCGAGCUCAAGGACGCGUGCUUCAACAACUUGUGCAUUCCCCUGAUGAAGGCGCACGGACGACGACACACGCCGGCGAUAUUCGAGCUGUACGAAACCGCCGUCAAAGCCGCGAUCGCGUUCGAGCCCACAGCGCAGCACGUGUCGAACUACGGCGCGGCGCUGUGUCGCGCGGGGAAGUUCGAGGAAGGGAUCGCGCAGUACGAAAAGUCGCUGACGAUGGAGUUCGGCCCGUACGUCAAUCUGAGGGCCAACGUGGAGAGGUGGCUGGACGGGGCGCGGCGGCAACUCGCGGGGACGGCGCCAAAGGACGGACUCACCUUCGUCACGGAGGACGGCGAGGAAGUGCACGUGAGCGCGGGGGAGGGCAACGAGCUUCAGGUGGAGUACGACGAGGAUACGGGUGUAGGGGUCGCGGUGAGCGUGAAGAAGGAAUAGGAAUGAGAGACGACAAUCCGUCGUGCGUU